GCCGCUUGGUACCAUGAUUCCAACAAUUCCGCGCCUUUGGAAGCCACAGAAGGUUCACACUUUGGGGCCAUGGACCCUGUCAGUUCCAAGAGAUGGUUCUCUCGCUUGCGCUCAUUCCUCUUAAUUGUUCCGCUCUCACCGUUCACUUUCCGCUCAACCCUCCCCUCUCUCCUACUUCAACGUUCAUCGUUGUUUGCCCUGCAGACCAUCCCCCUUGCGUCCAACUUCUUGCUGGCAUCCCCACUGACACGCUUCUGAACGUUGUCUACGUCAAGCUAACCGUCAAACACCCGCCACACCGACGCUUCUAUUCCUACACGUCUAGCGCAAUGAAUCCCACAGAGCCAGCUGCAGAGACACGUUCCGAGAUGAUUGAACAGAUAUUCGCAAGAGUAGAAGAAGAAAGUGCGCGCCGCGCACAACAAGAAGCUGAACAAGAGGAAGCUUCAUCACAUCAGGAAGCAUACGAGGCGCAGGACAAUGUUCCCAGCCCUGUAGCAACUGUUGCUGCUAUUAAACAGCGGAGACGAGGGAGUGUCUCUGUCUCCAGGUUCGGUCAGCCCACGGAAUUUUCGCCAGAACCUAUAGUGGCAACCUCGACUUCUCCAUCGACGCGGCCUUCACGGUCAUCGUCCAUCGUGAUCCAAAAGGCGACUUUCUACUCCGUACAGCCACACCAUCAUGGAAGCGCGGAUUCGCUAGCGUCCGAGACCGCCGAUGAUCCAGCAAAGCUCAUCGAAGAUGUGCACCAUUCGACACAGAUGGCGACCAUAGCGGGCCGCCAAUCAUUGUCGAAAGCAAUCACACGCCGACUGUCACGCGCACGUACGCGCUCGAAAGAUGUACUGGUCACCGCCGGUAACAAUGUUGACGUCGUGAUCGACGUCGCAGUGACCGAAGCCACUGUCGAGGUUCGCCAUUCGGCGGACGAAGUCGAGAUGUAUGAACGGCCGCAGAGCAGUGCGGCGGUGUAUAGCGGAAGCGGGACGACGUUGAAAAGCCCGAGGUCGAACCCUGGGUUGAGAAGUCCGGAGAAGGCGAGUUGGAUGGCCAAGUGCCGUGAUUUGACGACGAGGUGGAAACGCAGGAGUGUGGUUGCACACUCGUGAUGGUUAGUGAGGCCUUGCAAUCCUCUGAUAGACGUUUUCUGGGCUGCUGCUGGUUUUGUUUUGGGUUUCUCGCGUCAUUCAUUGUCGUCGUCGUUGCUUGGAUUCUCGUUGCAUUCUUCUUCUUCCUCCUCGAUUUUCUCCUGCUCUCAUGCAAUUGUAUUACCUAGCCGUGGCUUCUUUCUGACUCUGUCCUCGCGUUCGCUUGCUUUGCCCUGUUGCUCCGUUGCUGUACCGUGUAUGCAUUACCCCCGACUCCUACACUAUGACUGAAUACUAUGGAUUUCUAUGCUG